UGUCACCACAAAAAAGACGCUUCGCAAUGUUUUCUUUACAAAUUAAAACUUACAUUUAUUAAAAAAUAUCAAAUAAGUAUCAAAAGUCGCCUGAAAUAUCAGGGAAUACUUGUAAAAUAUGUUCUUCCCAAUGAAGGAAGGUUUAUGUGCUGCCUGCCUGUGCGUGGGAAGAAAUUUAGACUAUAUCAGCGGCACUGCGGAUUUCGAUUUUUAUUCACAAAUAUUGAAUGAAAUAGACGUAUACAACACAUCCACAAUGCACAUCCCCGUUUGCUGGGAAUGCCGGGCGUUAAUGCGAAGGCUGAGGAGGUUCAAGUCGCAAGUGAAGCAGUCGUACCAGCUGCUCAAAGAGGCACAUGAAAAUGGGAUAGAAAACCUAGUCCGCCCCCCGCACUUGUCCGUACACAAUCUAUGCCUGAUUUCAGUGCCCUUUGAUGACAUUGUCCCCAAAGUGGAACCUGAGUCAGAGGCCAGCAAAGCGGAUGCGGAAGUGAAGAGUGAGCCGGAGGAUCACGCGGAACAUUGCGAGGAGACGUUCGUCAACGACCUGUUAGUGGAACAAGCCGAGCCAGCGGAGCAGCCCGCCAAGAGUAAAGCAAAAGAAAAAGCGAAAAUGAAGAAAACCGAAAAAAAGACUAUAAAGAAGAGAGUGCGCAAACGGAGGAGGAAGAAAUCUGUGUCUUCGGAGUCCAUAGACAAUGUAGAUGUAGGCAUAGACUGUGAUACGAGGUCCGUUGAGGCGGAGAGAGAGGGAGUGGAGGAGGCGAAAGAGAAGGGGGAGAGGGAGUCGGUCCAAGAAGGAGUUGGAGAAGAGACGGUGGCGCCCCCUCGCGACACGGAGCGGCCUCAAUGCGUGGAAUGUGGGAAAGUGUUCAGUUCGAAGAAAACAUACCGUUAUCACCUCAACGUUCUACAUAAAGGGCAGAACCGCUACCCGUGCCCCCGCUGCGGAAAAGUCUACCAGUGGAAAUCCAACCUGGGGCGCCACAUGAGAAGUCACAAAGCGCGCGACGCGGGCGAGCUGUACUGCGGCGAGUGCGACAAGCGGUUCGCGUCCGUGGCCACGUUCCGGCAGCACCUGCGCGUCUCCAAGCAGCACGUCACCGAGACAGAGUUCACAUUCAUGUGCACGGUAUGCGGCAAGAAGUUCGUGAACAAGACCCGUCUCAGGGACCACGUGGACUGGGAACAUCUGCACAACAUCAAGUUCAGGUGUCAGCUGUGUAAUAAGCCGUUCAAAUGCCACACGUCGCUGUAUGUUCACAUGCAGAACGUACAUCGCAACAAGGAGAAGAAGGAUAACCUGUGUCACGUCUGCGGGAAGUCUUAUCAGAACGCGGCGAAACUGAAAUACCACAUCGUGGCGAUGCACACGCACGAGACGCCGUACCGCUGCGCGCACUGCGCCGCCGCCUUCGGCUGGUACUCCAGCCUCUACCGCCACGUGCGCGAGGUGCACUACAAGAUGAAACUACAACCGAAAAAGUCGAAACGCCCCAAACGAGGGGAGUUACCGCUGCUCCCAGUUCCUGUACACCCCGCACAGCCGUGAGACGUGCCCUCACUAAGAUUCACGAAAUAAUGUCGUCAUUGCGUGCUUUUCUUAUGUAUUUUUAAUAUAACCGAAAAACAAAAUCAAAUUAAAUUUAACAGUAGUAGAGUAAGAAUUUUUAAAAGAAAAUUGAUUUGUUUGUUCAAGCUAAUCUCCGAAACUACUGGACGGAUUCGGACGGAAAUUCUCCACACUCCAGACUAUACAUAUGCAAAAUUUUGUGGAAAUAUCGUUCUUAUAGGUUCAGGAAUUUUGACGUCAAAGAUGGCCAAAUGAACACACGUUCACAUUUAUAAUUUUAAGUAUGGAUAAUUUAUUAAAAUCAACUAAGUCAUGACAAAUAUGUUAUUGAAAUCAAAUUUAAUUCAUCAAAUCAAUUGUUUUAAUUUACAUACAUACAUAUAACCACGUCUAUAUCCCUUACGGGGUAGACAGAGCCAACAGUCUUGAAAAACUGAAAGGUUCAGCUGUUUGGCUUAGUGUUAGAAUUGAGAUUCAAAUAGUGACAGGUUGCUAGCCUGUCGCCUAAAAGAAGAAUCCCAAGUUUAUAAGCCUAUCCCUUAGUCGCCUUUUACGACAUCCACGGGGAAAGAAUGAAGUGAUCCUAUUAGUUUUUUUAUUGGUGCCGGGAACCACAAGGCACAAUUUUUUAUAUUUAUACAAAUAUUGUAAUUUUAUCCACAAUUUUUUUCAGCAUCUAUAGAACAAGAAUUUUUCAGUAUUACUUA